AUGUCUGGUGUCACUCACGGAGAAAUUGUUCGCCUCUUAAAACUUCUUCCAAAGUACGAGUAUGCCUUCUAUUACAAUCACAUUACGAGAAAAGGAAUUUCUAAAAGACUCAUUGUAGCAGUUGAUAAUCUCAAAGAAUUCCAUAAAGAAAAUAUAAAGUUGAAUAAAACUCAUUACCCUUACACUGCAAGGUUCUUUAAAGAAAAGAUUAUCAAUUUCUUUUCAAAAUAUGGAGCACGAACUCAUUUCAACACUUUCAAACUUGAAAAUGAGGACAAUUUUAAAUACGGUAUCAUUAAAAAGCAAGAUCUAUUACAAGAUUUGACAUCUUGGGAAACUUUACUUUGAAGUUCCUUCAUGAUGAGACCAAUUAGUGAACUUAAAACAAACCCUGAAGUUAAACUUGCCCAGUAUAAUAACCUCAGAAGUGCAACUGCUACUGCUGCAAUCUUGACUAAAAAUGGUGAAAGUGAAGUAGAGUUUUACCAAAAGAUUGUCAAAAUUCCUCAUUAUAAAUCUGUUAGCUGGUUCCAAUUGUUAGAGAAAGAAGAUUCCAAAAGAGCUGUAGAAGAGGACCUAAGAAGGUUCAGGGAAAUAUACCAGCCAAUUAUUGAAAAUGACUUUAGAGAUAGCUUCAAGAUAAUAAAUGGGCAGUUUGAAAAAUAAUGAAUGCAGUAGUGUUACAAGGUAUCUUCUUAGCAACAUCAAUGAUAAUGUUCAUCAAAAUCUGAACUCAAUUUCACCUCUCAAAUAUGAUGAAGAAAAGAAAUUUCAUAAGAAACUCAUGACCAGAGAGGAACUUUAUGAGAAAAUUGAUGAUAGUGUUACUACUUUAUCUCAUGAUGAACUUUCCCUAAAAAUCAAGAGAUCUCUUGAUAAGAUUUUACUUUCUCACAGAAAUAGUGCUAUCUUCUUGAUACUAAUGAGUGGGCCUUUUUUGAUAGGAUUUUACGCAUUCAAAUAUGCUCUCAAGAUUCUUUUGUUCUAUGUAAUUCUGAAGAAGAAGCCCAAAGCAAAUAAAGACUCAAAAGAAGAAGGGGUAGAGAAGAAGAUACAAGAAGACAAAUCUCAUAAUUAAGUCCUUUUAGAGGGAUAAAAAAACAAGUAUUAAUAGUCAUACGCAAAAC